AUGGCUGGAAAAGAAAUGUCGAUCUUCACGAAAGGAUUGAUCUACGUGCUCAAGGAUUUUUCAUGGUGGACAUCAACGCAUGGAAUUCCACACAUUGGAUUGGCGAACGCACGAUGGCUAAGGAUACUAUGGAUAGUCGUAGUAUUGGCAUGCCUUGGCGGAUUUAUUUGGCAGUUCAUAAUGUUGGUCUCGCAAUAUCUCGCCUACAAUGUAAACACGGAAACGGCGGUGGAAGCUUACAAUACGUGGGGAAAUUCCACCAGUCAGUACGGGUUCGGCAGUCGGAUGGAUGGAGCUCGCCAGCAAAGAGCGACGAAACUCAGCGCUCUGAUGAGCGCCAGACUGUACGAGGCCAGCAAGGUUCCGGGUGCAAAACAUGCCUACACCUACGAUGACCUCGUAAUAAGCUGCACCUACAAUGCGAAAUCCUGCCAUACCACAGAUUUCCAAGAAUUCUACGAUCCAACAUAUGGUAUCUGCCAAAUGUUUAACGUCGAAGGCAACUAUAGUUCAUCGAGAGCUGGCCCUCUUUUCGGUUUACGAAUGGUGAUUCGAACGGAUCAAGAGAAAUAUUUACCAUGGACAGAAACUGCUGGCGUUGUGAUGUCCAUUCACGGAAAGGAUGAAAGACCAUUUCCGGAUGUUUUCGGCUAUUUUGCGCCACCAGGAACUGCAACAUCCGUGGGUGUACGAUUCGUCAGCACCAUGCGGCUUCCACAUCCUUACGGAACGUGCACAAAAGAGGAAAUGUUCAGCGGCAUGCAGUACAAUGGCACAUACGAGGUAGAGUCCUGCUUUCGUGACUGCCUUCAGGAGAAGAUAAUCUCCGAUUGUGGUUGUUAUGAUCCAGCGUACCCGCAUAAGAAUGAUGGAUCAACCAAGAGCUGUGACGAGGUCGGAGACACACUUCUGAACUUGGAUUGUAUUGAUCGUAUUUCAAAUGCCGAUUCGGGCGCCUUCAAUAUUAUCAAGGAUUGUGAUUGCCCACAGCCAUGCGAGGUCGACUCCUACGCAGCGACCGUCUCUACUGCAAAAUGGCCAUCAAGUUCUUACGUGCCACCAGAAUGCAACCGGAUUCCUAUCGAUGUGCCAUGGGUACCGAAUGGUUGCCUGGAAUGGUACAAAAAGAAUACGUUGCUUGUUGAGAUCUACUAUGAACGAAUGAAUUAUCAAGUGCUUAGCGAAUCUCCAGCGUAUUCGCUUGUUAAUUUGGUUUCGGAUGUUGGUGGCCAAGUCGGACUGUUCCUUGGAAUGAGCAUUAUCUCACUGAUAGAGAUCGCUACGCUCAUCUUAUUGUUGCUCUGUUAUUGUGCAACUCAUAAAAGUAGAAAAAUGGAAAUUGAGGAAAUCGAGCAGGGAACAGAGAAAGCGAAAGAGGACGCUGUUCGCUUGGCUGAAAGAAAUCGCAAAGCAGCCAACAAACGGAAAGGGAUCUACGGAGAAGACGACGACACUUCGCUUCCGCCUGCCGUCAUUUCGUCAAAUUAA